CACAGCCACUACAGAAGCAACUGGCAGUCCAUACACAAAAAAAGCACAAGCGGAAAUCCAGGUUUUUCUUAUUUCUCCUUCAAGAAGACGGGAGAAGAAAUAAGUGGUAGAUAGGAAGCAGCAACCAACAAAGUAUCUGACUGCACAUACAGUAGCCAUUUCUGUUGCUGUGAUUAGUGGUUCACCUGGAGCAUCUCUGCUUGUGUGACACCUCACCUUUAACCUCUGAGGUCCAGCCUUGAGAGGGUCCUUGCUGGUACCAACUUUUAACAGACAGACAGACGAACACGUCCUUCCUGAGAAGCAGGAUGUCUGAACUGUCUGCUUUCCCCCGAAUGUCCUUCCUGUUGCUUUGCAUUCUGGGUAUGACCUUGGUGACAUCUGGCUUCCCUCAGCCUGGACUACCUCUCAGAAAUCCUGAUGAUUCAGAGGAACCUAAACUAGAUGACUGGGAUGUCCUCUUACCCUCCAUCUCUCUCCGUAACUGGAGCAUUCCAGUGAUGUCAGCGCCCAGCCUCAGAGCUCCAGCCGACAGCAAGGCAAGACUGAUGAGGGAGGCGUGGCUCUUUGCCCCUGAGAAAGCAGAGGCCAGCGUGGAGAGGGCGUGGCCUGCAGAAUGGUCUUCUCAGGGUGCCGGCAUGAUGAAGAGGAACAUGGUGGUGGCUGAUGAUGCUGCCUUCAGAGAGAAGAGUAAACUCCUCACCUCCAUGGAGAGACAGAAGUGGCUCAACUCCUACAUGCAGAAACUACUGGUGGUUAAUUCUUCAUGAUAAUUAAGUCUUUACAACAGAAAAUCAAACCACCUCUGGACCCUUCACUGGCAAAAAGCUUUUUAAAAAGGAUACACCAAGUCUCUGGGUUAUUGUCAGUCCGUCAACUUCUGAGACAAGAAAAUAUUGUAGACGUCAAAAGUCAUUAACACCUGCUGUAUUAUAAGUGCUCAAGUCUAGCAUCUUAAAAUUCUAUUCCCAGUUUUUGUAGCA